ACGGUGUGUACUAACUUGACCAUGACGUCCAUGUCCACGCCCUCUAUUUAUUACCCUUUCAAGUCCCUCUUGUUUUCUUCAUUUCCUCAAACCAAUUCCAUCUGACUCUGUUUUGGCAAAUAAAAUUCUGGCACUGAAUGGCUUCAUUGGGGAUCAUAAUCCUCUUAGUGGGUGUUUCUUGGACGGUGUCGUGUGUUAAUGGCGAUUAUGGGGGUUGGAUCAACGCGCACGCCACUUUCUAUGGUGGCAGUGAUGCAUCUGGGACAAUGGGGGGGGCUUGUGGGUAUGGAAAUUUAUACAGCCAAGGGUAUGGAACCAACACUGCAGCGCUAAGCACGGCGCUGUUUGACAAUGGCCUUAGCUGUGGCGCUUGCUUUGAGCUGCGCUGUGUCAACGACCCACAGUGGUGUAUUCCAGGCACUAUUGUUGUCACUGCCACUAACUUCUGCCCUCCUGGCGGCUGGUGCGACCCUCCCAACCACCAUUUCGACCUGUCUCAGCCUAUCUUCCAACACAUUGCUCAAUAUCGUGCCGGAAUUGUCCCCGUGGCUUACCGCAGGGUAAGGUGCAGAAGAAGUGGGGGGAUAAGAUUUACAAUCAACGGCCAUUCAUAUUUCAAUUUGGUACUAGUGACCAACGUGGGGGGUGCUGGAGAUAUACAUUCAGUAGCGAUUAAGGGCUCGAGGACCCGAUGGCAACCCAUGUCAAGAAAUUGGGGCCAAAAUUGGCAGUCCAACUCUUAUCUGAACGGACAGAGUCUCUCCUUUCUGGUAACAGCCAGCGACGGGCGACAAGUGCUGUCCUACAACGUGGCUCCCUCCGGCUGGUCCUUCGGACAGACAUACGUGGGCGCACAGUUCCGCUAUUAAUUCAACCUUUUUACAUAUACAUGCAUAUGCUGAUAUCUACCAAGCGAGCGAGAGAAAGAAAAAAAAAAAAAAAA